GUGAAUUCCUUUCCUGUCACCAAGAGCUUGCAGCAAAGCCUACAGCAAGAGCAACAUCUUCAUUGGUGUGAUGGUCAUCGAUAUGAAUGUCACCUGUUGCUCUCACAUGUACAUCGAAUAGCCCAUGCGACGCGAGUUGCUACAAUCGAUCAAACAAUCAACCAACCGAAAGGUGGGUAAUAUCAUCAUCAAAUCCAGAGCAAAAAAAAGGCAAUCGAGCAGUGGACCAAAAAUGAAAAGGGAGAAGUUGCGAAGUGUAAAGUGAUGAUGUACAGACGUCCACUAACAUCUAACAUGUGAUCAAGAAAUGGGAUUCCCGUAGACGAAUCAGCAACCCCAGUACCAUCCAAGUUAAUUUUCGCAAAAACAUUGGUCUCUUUGGUGACCCUCUUCACUUCCCCAAAUCGACCGCCAACUGCCGGUACCGGCGAAGCGGCGGAGAUGGAAGAGGCGCCGUUGUCCGCGGCGGCGCGUGGGGUUUUGGAUUUUGACGUCAGUGACGGUCGGUCCAUUGGUCUCGGGCUUAAAGGGAAGACUGGGUAUUGAAUCCGUGUGAACGGCGCGGUGUGACUUUGGGGAAGAUUUCGAAGCCGCCGCAAGGUGGAGGAGCUAGGGAUGCCGGACGGAAGGGUGAGCUCCAUGGGCGAUCAACGGUGAACAAAGAGGAGUUGGUCGUGCGUCGUCCAAGGGUUAACUGGUCUUUCAACGGCGUUAAGGAAAGUUAGGAUGUGAUUUGUAAGGUUAAAAACUUAAAACUUUAAGACUAUUCACCGUAAAAGUUUAGCACGCAAAUGAAAAAGAAAAGGAAAUCAAUUGUGGUUGUGGGGUGGCCAAACGACGGCGGAAUAACCAUCGUGACGGUGAAAGGAGGUUAGUUCACUUCCCAGGAUUCAGUAACUCCGGAAACACCGCUCCAUUCCCAUAUUUGGUUUUUAGUUCCAACUCUAUUUCAUCGGUCACGCCAUCUCAAGACCUUCAAGCUCUCUGUUGUCUUCCCCAAUUACAGUCUCUCCUUGGACUGCUGAAUCGAUCGGACCAGAACCAUGGCGGAAAUACUCUCGUCUCUGAGGUCUUUAAUGGCUGCUCACUCUCCUCCUUUGGAUGCGUUGGUCGUUCCAUCUGAAGAUUAUCAUCAGAGCGAGUAUGUAUCUGCAAGGGAUACAAGGCGCGAAUUCGUUUCUGGUUUUACUGGAAGCGCUGGUUUGGCUCUUAUCACAAAGGAUGAGGCAAGGUUAUGGACAGAUGGGCGCUACUUUCUGCAGGCUGAGCAACAACUGAGCAAUGAGUGGACCCUUAUGCGAAUGGCCGAGGAUCCUGCUGUGGAUGUCUGGAUGGCUGAGAAUUUACCAGAGGAAGCUGCUGUUGGUGUCAAUCCAUGGUGUAUAUCAGCAGACACUGCUCACAGAUGGGAGUCUGCUUUUGCAAAGAAAAAGCAGAAGCUAGUCCAAACUGCUACGGACAUAGUAGACGAGAUCUGGAAAAAUCGGCCAGCUGAUGAAGCAAAUCCAGUUGUUGUCCAGCCGCUGGAGUUUACUGGUUGUUCAGUUGCAGAAAAGCUGCAUGAUUUGAGGGGGAAGUUGAAAGCUUCAAAAGCUCGUGGUAUUAUUAUUACCACCCUUGAUCAGGUUGCUUGGUUGUUUAAUAUCCGAGGAAGUGAUGUCCCAUACUGUCCAGUUGUUCAUGCAUUUGCUCUCGUAACUCUCAACUCUGCUUUCCUAUAUGUAGACAGAAGGAAGGUGUCUUCUGAGGUAAACUCGUAUAUGGAAGAGAAUGCUAUAGAAGUCCGGGACUACACUGCAGUGAGCUCAGAUGUUGCACUGCUUGCAUCUGAUCAGCUUGACUCAACGAGUACUAUCAAUCGAAAGCCUAAGGCGGAGACAGUUAGAAAUGGUACAACUGAAGCGGAAGGGGCUGGGGUUGACCUUGUGUGGGUUGACUCUUCCUCUUGCUCGUAUGCUUUGUAUUCAAAACUGAAUCUGGAGAAGGUGUUCCAGCAACAGUCACCCUUGGCCCUUGCAAAAGCACUGAAGAACCCAGUUGAGUUGGAUGGCUUGAGAAAGUCUCACAUACGGGAUGGUGCUGCUGUCGUACAAUAUCUUGUCUGGUUGGAUAAGCAGAUGCAAGAUAUAUACGGGGCUUCUGGUUACUUCUUGGAAGGGGAGACAGACAAGAAGAAAAAAGAUUUGAGAACUACAAAACUGACAGAGGUGACAGUUAGCGACAAGCUGGAGAGCUUUAGGGCAUCAAAAGAGCAUUUUAGAGGUUUGAGUUUCCCUACAAUCUCCUCAGUUGGUCCAAAUGCAGCAAUCAUCCAUUACGGGCCUCAGCCUGAAACAUGUGCUGAAGUCGACCCAGACAAGAUCUACCUGUUUGAUUCUGGAGCACAGUAUUUGGAUGGGACAACUGACAUAACCCGGACAGUACAUUUUGGCGUCCCAUCUACACAUGAGAAAGCGUGCUACACUGCGGUUCUGAAGGGUCAUAUUGGUCUGGGCAAUGCGAGAUUUCCUAAUGGAACCAAUGGUCACACCCUUGACAUUCUUGCUCGAAUUCCCUUGUGGAAGAGCGGUCUUGAUUAUCGCCACGGUACUGGCCAUGGAAUCGGAUCUUUUCUAUUUGUUCAUGAAGGUCCUCAUCUAAUCAGUUUUAGGCCAUCCGCUCGCAACGUUCCCAUCCAAGCUUCCAUGACAGUAACAGAUGAACCUGGAUACUACGAGGAUGGCAACUUCGGCAUAAGAUUGGAGAAUGUGCUUGUAGUCAACGAAGCCGACACCAAAUUCAAUUUUGGUGACAAGGGCUACUUGGAAUUUGAGCACAUAACAUGGGCACCAUAUCAGCGAAAGCUGAUCGAUGUCAGCCUGCUUGUUCCUGAAGAGAUCGAAUGGCUGAACACGUACCACUCGAGAUGCAGCGAGAUUCUUGCACCGUAUUUGAAUGAAAACGAGCGAUCAUGGCUGAGCAAAGCUACCGAACCUGUGACCGUUGCUUGAGUUACUGAUUGGAACCGCGACUCCAUGACCAUCCCAAACAAUGAAACAUUUGCUAGAUGGUCACUGUAAUCGGUAUAUACUCUUAGCCUGGUCGUCGUUCCUGCUUCCUAGUCUCUGUGAAUACAACGAAACCCUAAAUUCUCCGUUGACUUUAGUGGUACAUGAAAAGCAGACCAGCGGUGUUGCCCUGAGGCUGGCGGCAUUUCCUGUUGCUCUCUUUGACGCAGCCUAGCAGCAGGGUCCAAACGCGAAAUGUCCAUUGCAGUAAAUUACAGUUUAGUAUCUAAAGUUUUCAUAUUUUACAACCUGAUACUUAUAUUUUAAUUUUUAUACGAAAAUGUUAUUGGGGAAUUACAAUUUUGUACCUAAAAUCUUUAAUUAUAACAUUUAGUUUGUACUUUUAUCAUAUAGAAUCUCCAAAAUAACUAGAUUACGCUAGUACUUUAUCCUAUUGAUCGAAGUAAAC